ACACGAUUGGCACACGUUGUAGGAAAAGAGUUGUCAGAAUAUAUUUCAAAAAGCUGGUCUAUUCAUCUUUUAAAAGUAGUUAGAAAUUAUUUUGCAAAGGCUGUUUUUGCGUGAAAUUGGUGCAGAAAUGAAGAUCAUUUCUUAUAUUACAGCUGCUAUUUUUCUUGGCUCCUUGACGCUUAAUGAAGCAAAGUUGCGAGAAGGAGACUGUGAUGGUCAGUAUAUGAAUAUAGAUUUUAUCUGACACAUAGGACUUUUAACUACUCAUAAUAGUGAAAAAGCUUUUUAUUAUCCAUACAUUUACAUUCGUAGUUUUAUAAAUAAUUAUUAUAGGAGUAUUUGAUCUAUUUUGUAUUUUGAUUGUAUAUGACCUGUAUUUAUUGAUAUUUUCAGUGAUAUUUAAUACCGUAAUAUAUUGAUGGUUUUAUGGCCUGGAUAAUUAUUUGUAUAUUGUUUAUAUUUGUACAGUACACUAUAUAAAUGUUUCCAAAAAUGUAGGUGCUAGUGAGAAAAUAAUAUGAAGUCUUGUAUGUGAUGGCAAAUAAAAGAGAUUAACCCAUUGAAUGCAUUAUCUGGCAUUAGACAGAGUAUUACAAAGUAGGGUGCAAUGUACAGUUUAAGUACUUUAGAGUUAUAAAUGUUGAAAUGUUUCCAAAUAAAUGUCUUUGUUUUUUUUUUUCAGUUUGCAUCAAAUUUCUAACAAAAUUUGCAAAUGAUCUCGAUGGUAGCGAAAAAGGACCUGAUGAUAUUAGGAAAAAAUUACUGGUCACAUGCAAGAAAGCAAAAGGAAAAGAUCACAGAUUUGUAAGUGACCAAUAAAAUUGUUGGGAGUUUGACGAACAAAGUAACAUUGAUAGACCCGACUGGAAGGUUAGGAAAUUGCACGGCCGAGACUUUAAAAUUUAAUAGUAAAUAUAUAGAAAGCAUCAAAAUUGUGUGCCUGAUAUCUCGGUUGCACAAUACAAAUUUUCCAUACUGGUUGACAGAUAGAUAGUCUGAUUAACCCAUUGAAGAGUAAAAUCAUCUGGCAUUAGACUAAGUAAACUAACAAAGUAGCCACACAUUGGGCUGCAAUGUCACUUAUUAAAGGGUUAACCAUUAAUUAAUUUCUGUUGAGAAGUCAAGUCACGUGACAUGAGGAAACUACCAAAAUACGGCACAUUGCACCUUGAUGAAUUAGAAUUUACAAGUGAAAUCCAAUAGAUAACCUAGUUAACUCACUGAGUGGUAGCACUCUCCCCUUGAUGAGUAAAGUCAUCUGGCAUUAGACAGAGUAAAAUAGUAAAGAAUUAGGUGCAUUGCCACUUAAGGGGUUAACCAUAGACCAGUAUAUUGAAGAUAUCCAAUAGGUCUCAUUAUAAUCAAAACUUGUCUAUUCCUAGUGUUACUAUGUUGGUGGUACAGAAGAUGCAGCAACCAGUAUAUUGAAUGAAAUUACAAAGCCCAUUUCAUACCAUGUUCCUGCAGAAAAGAUUUGUGAAAAACUCAAAGACAAAGAUGCUCAAAUAUGUGAAUUGCAAUAUGGUAAUAUAUUAAAAAUAUUAUGACCAACAUAUAGUAUCAUUCAAAGUAAUUCCUAACUCCAAUUCCUACCUUGGAUUUUGUUGUUGUUACCACAUAAUAUGAAGAACUCUUUGGUAAUUAUUAUGUAUAAUACUAUGAUAUGGAAGUUUGAUGCAUUUCUGGACUAUAACAAUGUCUUGCAUAGAUAUUAGUUAUCAAAAAACAAGACUAAAAAAACUACAGUGAUAUUUCGACCCCACUGCAAUAACACCAUCACCCAACUAUUGUUCAGAGUAUGUUUUUCUUAUAUUUUCUGUGAAAUUGUUUGCUAAUAAAAGGAUAUCAGAUUUCUAUCAGCUCUGCAAAUGCUAAAUCUUUUGUUCAUUUAUAUGAUUUUAGAACAAAAGAUUGAUGUUCGAAAUGUAGAUUUGAAGAAAAUGAGAGUAAAACAGCUGAGGAAAAUUUUACAAAGUUGGGACGAAGAGUGCAAUGGAUGUAUUGAGAAGUCAGACUUUGUACAGCGUAUUGAAGAACUAAAAGACAAGCAUACUGAAUUAUAAUAAUAGUGGUAGUAUUAUAUAUAUUGUUAAAAUUGUUAUUUAAUAAUACAAUUGUUUUUGUAACACCAAUGGUUUAUUGUUUGAUGGUAUGACCGUAUGUGUGAGCGGAGUGAAAAUUAGAUUGAACUCUCGGACUAAUGUACACUGAUGUAAUGAUACUAUGAUCCAAAUAAAAAUUAAUUGUAAGCAAAGACAAUGCCUGACCAGGAUUUACAAAUCUUAGCCAACUUCUGUCCAAAUUCAAUCUGUCUUUGAAAAGCAAACUUCUAUGUUUCUGCCUCUUCAGAAAUGUCAUCCUCAUCAGCUUCAGACACUUUGCUUUUCUCAUUAAGAAGGACGUAUUCUCUUGUACUGAAGCCAAAUUUGAGUACAUCCUAGACAGAUAAUAUGCAAAUAACUUUGUGGUAUGUACUGGAGUUGAACUCCAACAAAGUCACG